CUCCUGCAGUCCUACUGAGAAGUAGGGCAAAAUUUCUAGGGUAAAUCAGCAUGAGUGCAUCAAAAAACACAAACCUUGGUGACCCCCAAAAGAAACCACCGUCAUCAACUUUAAAGCUACUUGGUUUUUCAGUGAAGCGCUAUCAAGAGGAAUUGCCAGCCACAACACCAUUCAACAUUGAAUAUAUCAAAAAAUUUGAAUGCCAAUACUGUCACCGAGGUUUUGCUAAUUCUCAAGCUUUAGGUGGCCAUCAAAAUGCACACAAGAGAGAACGUCAACGUGCAAAGCGAGCCCUGUACUUCUUCAAAGAUCAUCAACAUCAACGGAUCAAACCAGCAGGUCCCAUUAUCAAUGCACAUGCAGCUAGAUCCGGGCCGUUGAUUUGUGCUAGUGGGUCUAGAAGUAUUAAAGCAGCAGCUGGGGUAGCUAGGUUUGAGUGUCCAGCACAAUCACCAUCGUUGUUAAUGUUAGAUCAUCAUAUAGAUCCUCGUCCACUUGUGGGCCCAGUAGGUGCGGGGGCUAUAUCAGCAACUUCUUUGAUUGCAGAAGAUGAAGGAGCUGGGGUUGAUCUUCACUUGCGACUAGCACCCUUACAUCCAUAGCCUUUUGUUGGGUAACUAUUGGUUGAUCCUUCUGACACAUCUGUCCUUUUUACUUUGUUAGAAGAGAAGACGAGGAGGGACACGAAUAUCAUAAAUCCAUCUUAGUUUGAUGUAUGCCAUAAUGACAGGUUGUUGUUGUUAUUAUUAUUGAGGAGUUUGCAAGCAAAAUGAUUUGGAUAAUUAUUACGAGGACGUUGAGAA